AGGGAAGGAAUCCCCAAGAGUGGACUGUGGGGCAGCCCCGGGGACUUAGUUCAGAGGUGCCCCAGGGUAGAGUCAACACCGACUUGUUUCUCAAUGACUGGAGGGGGUUGUACAUAGAGACCGGAGUUCCUAGUUUGCAGGGCACCACAGGACACGAGGUCCCUCCAACAGCAAGGCUGCAGAAAGGAUGGUGGGUGCUGAUAUCAGGGAGGAAGUGGUCGCACAGAAAGGACCAGAGGACUAGGCCCUGGCAGCCAUCUCUCUUGAGAAGGUGACCUGGCAGACACAGAGUUGCCAGAGAACUGGACAGACACUCGGGAGACACUGCUGGAGGGCAUGGUUUUCAGCCUCAAGUACCUUGGGAUGACGCUGGUGGAGCGGCCCAAGGGCGAGGAGCUGUCUGCAGCUGCUGUCAAGAGGAUCGUGGUCACAGCCAAGGCCAGCGGGAAGAAACUGAAGAAGGUAACGCUCAAGGUGUCACCCCGGGGGAUCAUCCUGACUGACAGCCUCACUAGCCAGCUCAUUGAGAACGUGUCCAUUUACAGGAUCUCCUACUGCACCGCAGACAAGAUGCACGACAAGGUGUUCGCGUACAUCGCCCAAAGUCAGCAGAACGAGAGCCUCGAGUGUCAUGCCUUCCUCUGCACCAAGCGGAAAGUGGCACAAGCUGUCACCUUGACUGUAGCCCAAGCCUUCAAAGUUGCCUUUGAGUUUUGGCAGGUGUCCAAGGAAGAGAAAGAGAAGAGGGAGAAAGCCAACCAGGAGGGAGGAGACAUCCCAGGGACCCGCCGCGACAGCACCCCCUCCUUGAAAACCUUGGUUGCUACUGGGAACCUGCUGGAUUUGGAAGAGGUGGCGAAGGCCCCGUUAUCCACAGUCAGCGCUAAUACCAACAACGCAGACGAGGUGCCGCGGCCUCAAGUCUUGGGCAACAGCAGUGUCGUGUGGGAGCUGGAUGAUGGCCUGGAUGAAGCCUUUUCAAGGCUGGCGCAGUCACGGACAAACCCUCAAGUCCUGGACACUGGCCUGUCAGCCCAGGACAUCCAUUAUGCACAGAGCUUAUCGCCCACCGACUGGGACAAGCCCGACAGCAGUGGCAUCGAGCAAGAUGACGUCUUCAGCUUCUGAGGGCCCGAGGCUGGCAGUACACUACUGGCCUUGACGUGUGAUGGACCACAAGCCACCGGCAGCAGAGCAGCCAGCUCCAGGAGCUGUCAGCGGCCUAUGCCAGUGGCACCAGAGCCUGCAGAUUCGAGUUGCACAGUCACGCGGGGAGAGGGUGGAAAGAUGCCCCGGGCUAUCCAGGCGGUGACUCCUUCCUGGUUUAUGCUCGGAAACCGGGUUUGAUUCAGGUGCUCAGGGUGUGUGCAGGACGUGGCCUGGCCUCCUGGCCUCUCUCCUGGAGCCAGUGCCCCCUCCUGCUGUGGGCGUCAAGACAUGACCAAAGCCUUGCUUGUUCUUUUUCUCUGGGGUGGCCUCACUCCUGAAGAGCCUGUCGUUCUUUGUGUACUGGACAGGACGUGGCUUUCAGGAUCGCUGGGUUCCUCGAGCUUGGCUUUCUCAGGGCCGAGUGGCUGAGGCUCUCCAAGAGGCAGCCCCUGACCAAAGACACAGUGAACUCUGCACUUUAACUCUCCCGUAAUGGCCAUGGUUUGAGGUCCCACAGGUGCUGGGGGAAUAGAGCUUGCCUCCUGCCCUCCCUCCACAAGAGGGCCCCAGUCCCUGACACGGCCCAUAGAGUGCGAGGACCUAGUGUGCCAGCCAGAGUCACCUCAACCAUGGGCAUCACCUCUGUGGCUCCGGGAGCCCUCCAACAGCCAGAGCUGGGUCUGCUCUUCUGGUUUCUCUGUGUGUCCUUGUGUGUGCUCCAUUGUCUGCCUCCCCAUAAUUCCUGGGAUGAUACCAAAGCCUGGUACUAGGUUGUGGUGGGUUGUUUUGCAUCCAUUUUACAGAUAAAGAAACUGAGGCGACACGUGGGGGGGGUGGAGUUGAGAAUAGAACCCAGAUCUCAUACCAAAGCUGUCGUCUGCUCUGCCACCUCACAGCCCACGCCUCUUUCUCUUUGGCUUUGUUGUCCUCCCAGGAACCAGAACGCCCCAGCUAUUUUCUGACCAAAAUGUGUUUCAUAACAAACCAUCUGGUGCCUUUCUACACGGCACUGGCGCAGGCCGCCAUGCCCUGCUGACUUCUGGGCAGAUGUGUUUUGAAGUCUGUUCGUUCCACGGGGGGAAAUGGUAUCUUGCUCUAGAAACAUCUCGCUGUCCUUUCCCGACCUGCAGCCAUAGUGGUCCCUGGACCCUAGCUGGUGGUUGAGUGGUCCAGUGGUGAGCUUCCCUUAUUCUCUCUUUGCUCCCUUCACUGGUCCUCUUUCCAUUGUGAGGAGCCCCCUGUGGCUGCGCUGGUGAGAGCAGGUCUCAGUAUCCCCAGGAAAAGCACACUCUUCCUGAGUGGCUGAGUCAAACCCUUGCCUUGGGGAGAAUUCUUGCUAGAAUAAAGGUCGCUAGCUUCCUUCCCCACCCUCCACCCCCCACUCCCCGCCCCCACCAGCUCCAGGCCCUGCUCCCAGCCCCGUGGCCAGGGUCCAGGCGCGAGGGAGACUGCCUGCCGUGGGUGGUGCUGUAGUCUUGCUGACAGGCUGUCUGCUUCCUGUACCUGCUGCUGUGUGAAGCUGGAAAGGCAGUUGUGAGUGGGAAACAAUAAACGUUCCCUUUCUGAGCACGAGUACCACCUGGGGUAUUGCUGGUGACAGAGGGCAGAGUGGCGGCUUCUGCCCUCUGUGAUGGGAGCAGCGGUGUGUCACUGUACCAGAAUGGAGGGUGAUGGCCGGUCCCCUGUGGGUGGGCCAGCAGGGCACCUUCCUUUCUCUGCAGAUUGCCAUUGUGUGACAAGGUCACUGUUGGGUGAUGUUAGACCUCGCCAGUGGGCCUGUGUGUAAGACUCCCCGUUUCUGUGUUCUGGGUGGGCUCUGGGCCGCUGAGACUCAUGGAGUGUGCGAGUGUGCCCAUGUGUGCCCGGCAACACACCUGGGAUGGUGGUGUUCCCAUGGCUGCAGUGACUCAAACUUUGAGGUUUACUCUGCUACUCAUGUUCUGGACCUGGGCUCAGUGCUAGGAACCAGCAUGGUCCAUGUCAUUUCAAGUUGUGUGGCUUCAUGUGAAGGGCAGGGGUGGGGUGGGGUGGGGGGCAGAGGCAGAAGGUGGAAGGGGCUGGUUCCAUGACUUAAGAGAUCCAAAGUCCAGCUACUGCUGUUGGUCAGUUACCUCUUCCCUUGAGCCUCAGUUUUCCUAUCUGUAAACAGGGUACAGCAGCCUCCUGUGCCUAUGCUCCUGGGGUUUUAUGAGACUGUUGGCCAUUAUCACAUUGGUAGUACAUAUCCAGUGACUAGAGUUUUCUCAGAGCAAAAGGUCAUUUGGAUCGAAUGUUUAAAGUCCUAGCGGACUCUUGGAGAGCGACUAACACUCUUGAGUGUUCUUCCUGUGUGCCAGCUGACUUGCGGAAGCCAGCUAGAGCCCAAACGCCAUCUGAUGCCUUCUGCUGAGGGCUUCGUGCUUAGAUGGGAGGGCAGUCCUCCCCUGAGUGCCUAGUAAGACCACAGCCCCAUCUUAUAUCCCCAACCCUCACCCUGCCGUGUCGGGAUUUCCCAAGAGAUGGUUAUGAUCCAGCUGCUCAUGUCCUGUCCAGACGCGCAGUGACCGUCCCAGCAAGGCCACAUUCCUUAAGUUCCACGGGCUUCUGUCUGGGGACUCCCCAGCCACUUCUUCCUGUGGCUUGUGGGGGUCUCAGGCAUGCGUGCCUCCUCCCAUUCAGUAGGCUUAUUUCAAGUAUGCAGAGGCAGAGCCUUCUGAUGCCACCGACGUGCAGACUCCCCGUGAGGCCCUGUGGAUCAGAGCAGACUCCAGAAUUCCUUCUUUUUUCCCCAUAAUUUGAAGAGACACCCAACAAGCUCAUCUUUCCGUUUAAAUUUGGCCGACGCACGCCUUUAGUCUCCGGAUGUGUCACAUUAAAGACCCUGAGCUCAGCCGUGCGUGCUCUCCCAGGCAGAACGGGUAGAGGGGAAGGACAGAGCCGCCUUUCAGACCGGAUGUGAUCUUCAGCUUCCCCGGGGUAGAUGCUGGGCUGGCUCUCCAGGCGACACUGUCACAACUACACCUUGCAAAGGGCGUUUCCCACUUCUAGGCCGGGGCACAGGCUGGAGCCUGGACUUCCUCCUCUUUCCCUGGUGUAGCGGAACAGGCAACCUGCUUGGCUAUUAGGAAGGACCGCCAACCUUGUCAGGACCCUUGUGCCCAGCCUUGGCGUCAUCAGUCUGCCGUGGCACACUAGGAGGUGGGUAGUAAUAGGUGGUGGUCUUUGAACUAUAAAAAAAAAGAGCAACUUUCAUUUAUUCUUUGACAGUUUUAUAGAUGUAAAUGACGUCUUGACCUUGCAUACCUCCAGCCCAACCCUCCCCCUCAACCCUGGGAAUCUCAACCCUCUUCCUUUACUACCUCUCCUUUUUCCUUCCUUGUAACCCAGUGUCUCUAGUCCUGCCCCUUUGGGAUGUUGGCUGGUCCUGCCGGCUUGAUCUUGUGUAGGUAACCACAGCUGUGGUGAGUCCUGUGCUGUCUCCAGCCAAUUGAAAAGAUAGCAUCUAAAACCUCUUCCCAGUGUUCCCUGGUCCUUGAGGAAGGGAUAUGAGAAAGGUUGCCAGGGACGACGCCCUAUCUAGGGGGAAGCCACUUGUCUCUGCACUAACCCAUCAGGAGUCUGUAGUAACGGCUGCCCACUAGGGUAAGAACAGCACUGGUCUGUGGGCACAGACAGGAGUGUUCAGAAGGCAGUGUAGCAAAACAACAGUAGGAAGUCCCUCACGAGGCCCAUGACUGUUCUAACCAUGGGGUUCUGACGGGUUUGUGGUGCCAGGCCUGAGUUCCUGUAGAAUAGUAGGUCUUAAAUGCAGAAGAGGUUGGUUAUCGCCAUAACCUUUGUGCCAUUAUUGCUCAAGGGGGCAUAUUGUGCAUGGUGGGUCAGUGUUAAAGCGUGAAGGGCUGGGUGCUGGCUAAGACAGCUGUUGUGUUUUCUCCCUUCCCUGGCCUGCAUGGCUCCUGACAGCACUGCAAGCUGGUCAGCGCUGAGGAAGCUUCUGGGUCUGGGACCUCCCUGACCAAUACGCUGUAGGGAGAUACCUUUUAUUGUCCCACUUCUUCUAUGGGAUAUCUGAGAGACAGGAAGAAUAAUUAAGGUGACCCGAGGCUUACCUUCAGGAAGAAGUAAGUCUGGGAUUUGAACCCCUAGGUAUCUGAAUCCAAAGCUUAUAUCUGCCCCUGCGAACCAGCAGCCCCAGUAGUAGGGAGCUUAGAACACCAUGGGAGCUGAUUCCACAGUUAGCAUUGGCAGGUGCCCACUGCACGUAUCCACUGGCUGGAGCUAUCCUGUGUCUACCCCGCUGACUGGGCGCCUUGGGCUGCUGCCCUUGACAUGCCCACCGUGGGACUCUGCAGAGCUGUGUGCCCAUCACGUCAGGCCCUAUCUUCUCCCUGCCAGUUUGAGGAGGAUUUCUUAUGGGGGGGGAGGGGACAGUGGGUGCCAGUGCAGGAGGACUGGAAGGAAGGGAACGUUUUGCAGUGUCACAUAGCUAGUUUGAGUUGAUAUAAUGGCUGCCAAAUAGCACCUGCCUUUGUGGGGGCCUUAGAGGUGACCACAGGCCUGAAACUCAGAUCCCAUGUGUUCAGGGUCCUGCGGUGGCCCUGCCUCUGCAGGUCACUAAGAACACUCCGAGACCAUGACCUUGCUCCCUGUGAGCUCCUGGGGCCUCCUCAGAAUGACAGCCUUAGCCAAACGCCAGCGUAGUACUGCUGGGGCAGCCUGGAGCUUCCGGCCUGGACAGAAGUGGGCUGGGCCACAAGGCCACGCUGCUAGGCAACGAUCUGCAUGCUUCUGCUGAUCACCAGCUUGGCUUUGUCUGUGGAUGACAAGAGGCCUCUGCUCCUGACCCUUAAUAGUCCACGGGGCGGGGACGGGAAGUCAUUGGUCAUGCAUGCUUGCCUAUGCCAGCGUGACAUUGGGGAACGGAGUUGAGGGGUGUUACACGGGAUGCCAGGUGGGCUGCUGAGUGAGGAGUGGUCCAGCUGGACCUCAAGAGAAGGGGUGGAAAGGUUGAAGAUGUUCCUGAUGUCUUGGUAGCUCUGCUGUUGGGGGCCCUGUGGGAGUCACUCCAUGAUCAGGUGCCCAGGCUCUGCCUGGCUCCAUAUAGCAGUGACUGAAUCCUGGCAGAAGCAGAAGGUGUCUGAGAACCUUCUGAAGAGGUCAGGAGCCCCAGGUCACAGGCAGCACAGGGAUUUGCAGGUCACCAAGGCGCUGGCUCCACACUUUCCAGCAGGCCCUGGUUGUGGCGCUGAGUUCCCCUUCCUCCUGGAGGGCGGUCCUGGCACUCCUCAGCUACUUGGUGGAAACUCUGGUGUCUAACUCGACAUUCUGACCAAAGAUGUCGCUUUCCUUCCAAAAUGUUUUCAAAUAAAGGUUCUGGAAUCUG